AUGGCACCUCCCCGCCGCAAUUUACUUCCCAAGGAGCGAUUUGCAUUUUCAUUUGGAAGCCUCAAGACUCAGAGCUAUCAUGACCCUAUUGCGCGAACGCCCGGAUCUCAUACAAUCCGAACGAUCGCAUGGAACCCUACCGGUCAGCUUAUUGCUACAGGCUCAGCGGACCGUACCCUUCGAAUCUGGAACCCUGAGCGUGCGCAAGUCAAAUACUCGACUGACCUUCGCGGUCACACCGCGGGGAUCGAGAAAGUCUUAUUUAACCCUGUUCGGGACUCGGAGCUUGCCAGCUGUUCUUCCGAUGGCACAGUACGCUUCUGGGACGUUCGAUCGAAGACAUGUGUGAGCCGUCUGGAUGUCGGCGGUGAGGCUUUCACCUUGUCUUGGUCGGCUGAUGGGAGUACAAUGGUAGUUGGAAGGAAGGAUGAUACGCUGAUACCAAUCUCCAUCGAAUCGCCUUCUACCCCAACUGUGCUCGAAAACGGAGUAAUCAGUAUCCCAUCUACGCAGUCUCAGAAACCCAUCGCAGGCCCAACCACCUAUAAAGUCCUAGACUCCCACCCACAGCCCAUCCAAACAAACGCAACAACUUUCUCUCAUCACAUUUCCAUACCAACCUCGCCCGAUCUUCACCUCUUCGCAACAACCGGCGAAGGCACGGUCAAAAUAUUAUCCUAUCCAUCCUUCGACAUCCUCCACACCCUCAACGCUCACACGUCCGCCUGCCUUUCUAUAGCCCUAGCACCUACGGGACGCUAUCUCGCCGUCGGCGGCAGUGACGCCCUUAUCUCUCUCUGGGAUACAUCAGAUUGGAUUUGUCGGCGCACCGUGUCUAGUAAUAAUGGCGGGGCCGUCCGCGGGGUGAGCUGGAGCUUCGACGGGAGAUUUAUCUGCGGUGCUUGUGAUGAAGUAGGCUGUGGUGGUAACGGAAUUGAGAUCUUCCAUGCUGAAACGGGCGAAAGUGUCUAUACUGUUCCUACUGGUGGCGGGCUGAAUUCGGGCAUUCCUGCCGUCGCAUGGCACCCCUCACGUUACUGGCUUGCAUACUCUACUACAGCAGACGGUCCUGGAAGUGGCGGCGCUAGUGGACUCAAGAUCGUGGGAGCUGCGGGUGGGAGUCUCUGA